AACUAAUACUGGUUUAUUUACAGACUGAGACUACAAUUCACUGCUGUACCUCACCAAUGAAUAAUAUUCAUGAAAUGGAAAUACAGCUGAAAGAUGCUCUAGAGAAAAAUCAGCAAUGGCUUGUGUAUGAUCAGCAGCGAGAGGUCUACGUAAAAGGACUUUUAGCAAAGAUCUAUGAGUUGGAACAGAAAUCGGAAACAGCUGCUCAUUCACUCCCACAGCAGAUAAAAAGGACUGAAUCAGAAGGUUAUCUUCAAGAAGAAAAGGAAAAGCAUGACUACCAUCUCUUGGCAAAAGCAAAAAAAGAUCUUGAGGCUGAACGACAAACCAUAACUCAGUUGAAUUUAAAACUUCAUGAAUUUCAAAGAAAAUAUGAAGAAACCCAAAAAGAAGUUCAUGACUUAAAUAAACUGUUGUGUUCACAAAGAAAGGCAGAUGUACAACAUCUGGAAGAUGAUAGGCAUAAAACAGAAAAAAUACAAAGGCUCGAGGAAGAGAAUGUUAUUACGAGGAGAAAACUUGAAGAAGAGAAGAAGCGAUCUGAAGAGCUCUUAUCUCAGAUCCAGUUUCUUUACACGUCUCUGUUAAAGCACCAAGAGGAACAAACGAGGGUAGCUCUGUUGGAACAACAGAUUCAGGCAUGUACUUUAGACUUCGAAAAUGAAAAACUUGACCGUCAAAAUGUGCAGCAUCAAUUGCAUGUAAUUCUUAAAGAGCUUCGAAAAGCAAGAAGUCAAAUAAUACAACUGGAAUCCUUGAGGCAGCUUCCUGAACUUGCCUUUACAGAGCCAUUAGUCACUUUCCAAGGAGAGACUGAAAACAGAGUAAAAGUUGCCUCACCAAAAAGUCCCACAGCUGCACUGAACGAGAGCCUGGUGGAAUGUCCUAAGUGCAAUAUCCAGUAUCCAGUCACCGAACAUCGAGAUCUGCUCGUCCAUGUUGAAUACUGUUCACAGUAGCAAGAGUUCUUUAUUUUUUAUCAAGAGAUCCAAUACUGUAUCUUAUGUUAGUGAAGGAACAUUUUGAAUUCUUUAUUUCAUCUGCCUGUCUACCCUCGAGACUCUGGCAUAAAGUGUUUUACUGUAUUUUUUGGGCUGCUUUGCAUUUUCCUUGGCACUGAUACCUACCUGAGAUGGUUCAUAUUAGGCCUUAGUGUAUGCCGAGAUGGCUACCAUUUUGCACUGUUAAAAUACUUGAUGAAGAAAAGAUAGUUCAGGUAAUUAUUUGUGAAUUAAAUCUAUACACAGGCAAGCAAA